AUGUCCUCCCGGCAAUCCGACAUCGACAAAUUCCUGCUCUACGCAACAAUAAGCUCUGUUGGUGUCCCUUCUGGCCCAUGCACCUUAGAUACUACGCAAGCUCUCCUUAGGCAAGAGCUGAAAAACCGCCUGAUUCAUGAAGGUGUUGGAAGGGGUGCCAGAAUACCAUUGGAGAACUCCAUUUUUCAUAAUCUUGUGAUAAAAACUACUCUCCAAUUAAGUGAGAUCAAGACAAUCCAGUACAACAAAACAGGACCAUCUGCAUACUCUGGAGAAAAAUGGAAAUUCCACCGCAGGAGAAAAGGAAUCAAACGUACUCGUGGCGCAAAGUAUGGACAAGAUGACGACAACAAGGAUGCAGAGGAUGAUGAUAUGGACAAUGGUGAUAUGGAUAUCGACAAUGCAGAGAUCGAGGGUGCAGUGCUUGGCGUAGAGCCCUCUUUUGACUUGGUGAUCCAUGGCCAAUCUGAAACAGAAACAUGGAGUUCCCAAGAGUACCAGCCUUCUGGAUUGAAGAAAAGACACAGGCAGGUGCCCGUGACAACUGAAAAAGAGUUUCAACGUCUCUUCUACACCAUCCAGUAUCACCUGCAUCACAAACUGAAACACCACCUCCCUUUCAACAUACCGGCUGGGUCCCGGUACUGGUCUGCAGAGUUCUCCACCUCUCCUAUCCCAGACGAAUACAACUGCCAGAAGCCCGACAUAGCCCUGUUUGACUUCGCCAUCAAAAACAUGGGGAAGACAUGGGCAGACGUCCUGUCCUUCAUGGAGCAUACCUCCAGUGAUCUUGCUAAAAAGCGAGAUAUACCAGUGUUUUGGGGAUCUACGACCAAAGCCUACCUAAUGCUGAGAGAACAACCAUGGCGUCGAUUCAUUGUUGGGUUCUCGAUUUGUGCCAAUCAGCUUUGUGCACAUUAUUUUGACCGCUCCGGUCUCAUCAUAUCCCAUCCCUUUCACAUUCAUCAAAACAUGGGCCCUGUGCGACUCACAGAGAUGUUGAGCACCCUCACUCUAUCGGAUACUCACCAUUUGGGUUUCGAUCCGACGAUCCACAUGUGUAACGCUGCAUGCACAGGAACUCAUUCUAAUUUAGCACCCAAGGCGAAGGGCUGGGUGAAGGACAACCACGACAAAAUGUAUUCCAUUAUGGAGGUUCUGUGGAAGAGCCAUGGGCUUUUCUGUCGUGGAACGGUUUGUUAUUGUGUCGUUGAUGAGGCAGGGAAUAAGUACACUUUAAAAGAUUGUUGGGUGACAGAGGAGAAGAGAAUGCACGAAACAAUUAUCCUGCAGAUGGUCAAGGGCAUCCCUAACAUUGUCGAACUCGUAGACCAUUGGGACGUGUAUUAUGAAGGGGAGCCUGACUGCACAGCGCACAUUCUCAGCCAAUACGACAUGGGCCAUUGGGACAACUUGAUGUUCUGCAACAGAUUCCACCACCGCAUUCUCUUGUCCCCCUGUGGAGAGCCAUUAUCUAAAUUCAGCUCUAGACGAGAACUGCUCACCGCCUUCCGUGCCUUUGUAGUUGCUCAUCACAUGAUGAUUGAGAAUCCUAAUAAUUUUGUUGUCCAUGACGGUAUCGGUUACUUCAUUGAUUUCGAUCACGCCUCGAUUCUGGCGGAAGGCACGACUAGCACCUAUUCGCAUGGUACAGGGACCAUGCCCUAUAUUUCUAUCCGUAUUCUUCAGGCUAUGCUGGAUCUAGCCCCACUUGAGGUUGACGCCAACAUCCCAGGCCAGGAUGCUGAUACGAACAAUGUGGACGAUUCCAAGGUGGACAACAACGUCGACCUUGUUCCGCAGGCUACCAGUGCUCUGCAGGCUACCAGUGCUCUGCAGAAUGUCGACUUCGAUACGGAUCUAAUCGAACACCAGCCCAGCGAUGACCUCGAAUCUUUAUUCUAUAUUUUCUUCGAAUUUGUUGCUAAGUAUGGGGGGCCACAUGGCCAAUUGGCACCCACCUGGUCCCGGCAGACUUUGCCGUGGGCGAGCGCUUAUGAAGCUUUGGGCAAUGCAGAUACCCAUUUGGCUCUGAGUACGAUCUGUUUCGCAAAAAUGGGGGUUUUGAUGCAAGGCAGAUUCUUGGUCACCAAGACAUCCGAAUACUUCGCGGAAUUCCGACCUCUUGUGCAGAAAUGGGGCACCAUGGUUUACGGUGUGAACGUGCCCCAAAAUCAGGUAGAGAUGACCCACUCUGGAGUCCUCCACCUACUUGAUAUAUUCAUGAGAUCUAUUGGUGAAGAACCACCUCCUUUAGGACAACUCCAGAGUCUUCAUCCCGGCACAGCAGCAUCCCAGAGUCUUCACUCCCGCACAUCAGCAUCCCAUGCCCUUCACACACCCCCAGCAGGGCCAUCUGAGCCUUCACCGUGUCGUUCUGCUUGUCUUAGCAGAUCACUAGUAGAUCCUCCGAUACCCUCUACAGCACUUUCCAAGCCUUUAUCGUCUCGUUCCCCACGAAAAAAAACGGACGACUCGGAGGAGGCAUUGAGAAGGUGUCUGAACUUUUUUUUCUGUACGUGUCAUCCCACAAUCCUCUUUCCGAGUGCUGGCGCUCUGUAUUAUGGACUCUGGAGCCUCUUGUCUUCUCACAAUUCUCAAGUCUCUUAUCCUUCUCGUAUUUCUUAA